CGGUGGUUAGGAAUCCGACAAAAGUCGAUAAAAAGUUAUGACGAUGGACGAUGGUAACUCCGUCUACGUCGGCGGCCUCCCUUACGACAUCACCGAGGAGGCUGUCCGCCGUGUCUUCUCCAUUUACGGCUCCGUGCUCACCGUUAAGAUUGUGAAUGACCGGAGUGUAAGAGGGAAAUGCUAUGGCUUUGUUACAUUUGCAAAUCGUCGAUCUGUUGAUGAUGCUAUUGAAGACAUGGAUGGAAAAAAUAUUGGUGGGCGUGCAGUGCGUGUGAAUGAGGUAACGACAAGAGAUGAAAGAAUGAAUCCAGGUCCAGGGCGGCUACGACCACACGGUGGCUGGGAGAGAAGCCCUGAUAGGAGAAGUGAUGGAAAUUAUGAGAGAGAUCGGUAUAGUGAUAGGUCCCGAGAACGAGAUAGGUCUCAGGACAGAAGGAGAGAUCAACACUACAUUGAGAAGCAAAGAGCUUAUGAGCAUUCACAUGAUUUUCAGAGGAGAAAUGAUCAUGAUUUGACUGAUAGAAUUGGUUACAAGGAAAGAGUUUUUGAAGGUGAUGGAGGAGAUUGGCAUGGGGAUAGGUCUUAUGAGGAAAAUGCUAGGGGAAUCAAUGGGGAUAGGUCUUAUGAGGAAAAUGCUAGGGGAAUCAAUGGGACCAGUAGUCAUGAAGGUAGGAGCCUAAAACCAAAGAAAGAUGAUAGCAGUACCAUGCUUGAUGGUGGGCGUGGAAGAGAUCACUUAUCUAAUUCAAGUGGAGAUCACAGUCAUCAGGUGAAAGAUGAACUCGAAGCACUGAUUAAGAUGCGUGAGGCUCUUCGAGAUGAGAUGUUGGUGGUAAAGGAGAAGUUGGAAGAAAAAGAAGUAGUGUGCUCAGAGUUACAAAAAAAGUCUAAGAGAUUAGAAGAUUUGUUGAUCAAUGAAAAGAAACUGGUUUCACAACGCCGAAAAGAAUUGGCAAAGCUACAUAAAUCAUUUUCAAGGGUCAGAGAGUGCACUGACAACCUGAAAGACUGUGAACAGGAACUCCAGUCGAUUGUUAAUUCAGCAGCUAGAGAUGGCGUGACAGGUGCUGAUGAAGGACUGGGAAACGGGUAUGCGUAACACGGUCAACCGCAUAUAUGUUCUGCUCCGUCUAAAGUGUAGCUUUGAUGUAUCUUAUACUCUUAUAUGUGUCAGUCUCCUAGUUUUUUCCCCCCAAGCCUGAGGUACACUGAUUUGGUACAUAUUUGCAUUUGUUUUAGCAAAAUAUGUAUGCAUUUCAUUCAGUAUGUAUUAUUGUCAUACGAACAUCAUCAAAAUAAUUGUUUUCACGUACUACCUAAAA